UGUUUGUGGUUGACUUGAGUAACUUGAGUUGAAUUGUUGAAGGUCCGCAUUUCGCAAUGUAACAAUAAUUUACUAUUUAAAACAUCUGUUACCUAAAAUUUUUGCAAUGAUGAAGAGUUGGACAAGCUGGAGUCUACUCAUGUUUAUGGUGAUAAGUUCGGCCACUAGUCAGUUAGAUUACUACAUAGAAUCGCAAUGGAGAAUGAUGUGUCCGAAACUCCUGCCACAGACGUUAGUUGGAUAUGUUCCUCGAGGAAACACCACUGCAGGAAUAUUCAAGAAGAACGAGAGAAUCACCAACUUAGAGAUGUGUGUCAAGGUGUGCUGCACUCAUCCAUCAUGUAAUGUCGUCUUUAUGUAUAAAGAUAUCUGUUUCCAGAUUGAAUGCAACUCUGAUGAAUUAUGUGAACCAAUAUAUCGAAAGGAGCUGAAAUUUUCUGAAAACGUGCGCAUGGUUCUAGUACGACCUGUAUCUCAAGAUAGCCGAGAUUGGCGAGAUUUAUUCGAUCUUCCAGACUCCGAUUUUCAAAAUGAUGGAAAAGGUGAGUUGGAUAUGGCUGAAAGUAUGAGAUACGUUUCUAGUCAAUGUUCGCAAGUCGGUUGUCCAGAGAAUGAGAUUUGUUCGAUUCAAAGUGCCGGCCAUGGAAUGUGCAUUUGCAAACAAGAUUAUGUACGCUCUUUGUCAUCUGGAAACUGCAUCUUAGCCACUGGAAAUAUAACCAGUGCUCCAGAAAUUCUCCAGUCUCUGUCAUCGCCAGAUCAUUCAGAACUAGAUCCAGGAAUCACUAAGGUGUUUGGGGAAGGUGGAGUGGAAGAAUCGUCGAAGAAUCCAGUGAAACAACUGGUUGUUUCUGCGUUAUCCAAAGAAGUACGUCUUCCCGAGAGUGAGGCCACGCUUUCGGUUUACACCGUUCCUGCUGAGCAGCCUGGAGAACACUACAAUUAUGUAUGGACACUGAUAUCGAAACCGGAAGGAAGUAGUAGCGGUGCCACAAUGAACGACCAAAAUGGUGGAACUCUGAAGUUGAGUAACUUGAGCGAAGGAGUCUACACGUUCAAAGUCACUGUCUCAGCUCCUGGUGUAUAUGGAGAAACUCUCGCUAAUGUUACCGUACUACCAAAGAAGCGCAUCAACAAGCCGCCAGUGGCAGUGAUCACACCGUCGCAGCUGACUGUGAAGCUGCCCAACACGGGCGCCGUCCUGGAUGGGUCGCCGAGCUGCGACGAUGACGUUAUAACCAGCUACCACUGGGAGCUACAGCAGGGGCCACUCGGCUACCAGCCCCAUCUCCACGACACGCCCACGCUCCAGCUCAACAAUCUACAAAUACCCGGCAAUUACACCUUCAAAUUGACUGUGAAAGAUUCAGACCACGCCAGUAAUUCGACUACAGCCAAUAUCACAGUUCUGAAAGUGCCUGACUAUCCCCCGGUCGCCAAUGCUGGUCAGGAUAUAAUAAUCUACCUUCCUCACAAUAGUGUCACGCUCAAUGGAAGCUUGAGCACUGAUGACAAAGGUAUUGACAGUUGGGAAUGGACCAAAGCACCCUCUGACCAGGACAAGGCGGUUGAUAUGCAGAAUACGCGUACUCCAUAUCUGAAACUAUCAAAUCUGGAAGAGGGCAUGUAUACAUUCAUCUUGAAAGUCACUGAUGGAUCAGAACUCUCUGAUACAUCUCAGGUUCACGUUUUUGUCAAACCGCCAACCAAUAAACCACCUGUAGCGAUUGCUGGUUCAAACCAAACUGUGGCUCUUCCUCAGACAUGGGCUCUACUUAACGGCUCCCAAAGCUCCGAUGACAUUCAAAUUGUUUCAUGGAAGUGGGAACAGAUAAGCGGGCCGAGCAAAAUUACUUUUAGCUCUUACAAUGAAUCCAUUACCAAUGCCACUGAGCUGACGAAAGGAAAGUAUGUGAUACAGUUAUCGGUUGUGGAUGGUAAUGGAAAUAAGGCAACGGACAAACUUCAAAUCACAGUUACUCAAAACAGCAACGCGGCACCGAAGGCGAACGCGGGCGGGGAUCAGCAAGUGGUGCUGCCGGUGGGGGUGCUGCUGCUGAACGGGUCGCAGUCUACCGACGACCUCGGCAUCGCCAAGUGGCAGUGGACCCGGGAGCCCACCAGUCUCGCCCUCGGCCAGGUCAUUGCCGGCACCGACGCAUCGCCCACACUCAUGCUGACGAAUGUUGUUGCUGGAAGAUAUGUAUUUCGACUGAGAGUAACUGAUGACCAGGGAGAGUGGAGUGAGGACACUGUGUCAGUCAUAGUCAAACAAGACCCGUAUCUGUACCACCUAGUGGAGCUGACGCUGAACAUCGAAGCCGCGCGGCUGACGAAGGCGCAGAGCGACAGUGUGAUCAUGAAACUGGGCCUGCUGCUACAUGACGCGGCCAGCCUCGUGGUUCGAAGUCUGCGCGCAGACGUCGCCACUGGCCGUGCCGUGCUCGUCUUCUACGUGCAGACGGCGGCCACCGCCCUCGCCGGCCCUCACGUCGUCAAGACGCUCAAGGACAAGCUCGCACAGGACUCGGUGCUGCUGCAGCUGUCUGUCGCCAACAUACAGACGGCCGUCUGCCAGAAUAACUGUUCCGGACAUGGCGUUUGUGAGCAGGAAACGCGAUUAUGCCUUUGUGAAGCAUUUUGGAUGCAGGAUUUAUUCAGAAAAUAUUUUGGAGAUGGAGACUCCAACUGUGAUUGGAGCAUUCUGUACGUGAUAAUAGGACUGUUCACUGGCGUUCUGAUAGUGGUUGGCUGUAUUUGGAGUGUGAUCUGCCUGUGCUCGAGAGCCUGCCAUCCGAGGCCAACCAAGCGCCAGCGCUACUCGCUCAUCGACUCCAACGAUGAAGUCAGAUUGCCUGCUGGAAAAAUAGUUCUAUCUGAAAGUGAGUCGGAUUCAGAUGUGCUGUUUGAGACUCGCAAAAGUACUACAAAAUUGAUUAAUGGCGAAACAAGAAAUGGCUUCAAACCUGUUCGAAAUGGUUUCAAAUCUGAUAGGCGAGUGAAAACCUAAAUACCGGCGGCUCGAUAGGACAUUGUGAAUUUCAUCAUCUAGAAUGGUGCUGGGGAUCCACAUUAGGUGCCCACUCUUGCCAACGUCUUGUUCUGCACAAGUGCUCGUUUUGAUGAUUUAGGAAUGCACAAAAAGGAUUGGAAAGUGGACCUAUGGAUUUAAGAGUUAAAGGACUAUGAUAAUAAUUAUUACUAGUGUUAUUACAAAGCCCCCCCCCCCUAAUCUAUCUUUACUCACUGACACAAAAUUACACAGCUUACUAAAUUAAAUAUAAUUAUAUAUAAUAAUUAUGAUUAUGACGAUUACUAACUAUGCUUUUGAGUUGAUUCUUCAUCAGUGAGGACUGUAAGCGAAUCAUGAUUUAUUUUCACGAAAAUAAUUAAAGCUCCCCUAGAUAAUAGGUGAAUAUUGUAGCUAAAACACAAAUAAUACAAUUUUAAUAUUAUAUUAUUUUAAAAGUGGAUUGUUUUCUUCAAGAGAGAGUUACGUUUAGUCAAGAAAUUGAAUCAGUUUAUCACUGAUUCAAAGUUUGGAUCUUGUAAUAAAUUUAGCAGAACUAUCCACAACAACUUUCAGGUGACAAUGCUUGUUUCUAAGAGAUAGGUAAUGAUAUAAUAUUACUAAAGAACAAGUAAAUAAUACCUGUAAUACCUUUGGAAUAGUGAGGCUUAAUUUAAACUAGCUCAAGUUAAGCGUAAUUUGGGGAAAGCGUGCCUUAAUCACAUCAUUAAAGCUAUCAAUAUUCAUAGUAGGCUUAUCUCAUUUACCAUUUUUAUACAUUUCAGCUACUACGGUACAUGAGUAAAAAUACAGCAAAAGUGAGAUCACUUUGUCAAGGGAAUUAUUUGGCUCAGAAUCAAGUUGGUGAGAAGUAUGAGACGUUCAACUACCUAGUAACCUACCUAUAGUUGAUUUGACGAGAAGAUAAAGUAAAAGCAUUGAGAAAUCAUACUCUCUAGAGGUCUAUCUGUCUAUGGUAAUAGAAAACGAUUACCUAUGUGUGUAUCUAUGGUAAAAGUAAAAGAUUAUCUGUGUGCCGUAGACAGAUAGAUCUCUAGAGAGUAUGAUUUCUCAAUGCUUUUACUUUAUUUUCUCGUCAAAUGAACUAUACUAGGUACUGAAACUUAAGGUUUGAUUCGAAAUAAUAAUUUUGUGGUGUAAUGAAAUUUGGAUUGUAAUUUUAUAGCAGUUUCAUAUCGGCCAGUACGGGGUUGAAUAAUACGAGCGGUAUGGACCUCUCAUGGGUCCACAAAAUAUCUACUCCGAAACGUGCUCUCUAUAGUCAACAGCAACAGGGAAGGCUCAAAAUCGAGAAAAUGACCAACUAUUAUAGAACAAUAGAAAAAGGAUAGAGGAAGAAAUAUUGCCACCUUUAUAAACAAUAGGACUACCCUUUCCGAUCCCAUCAACCUAUUGCAUUUCUACCUUCAGGUAGUUGGACCCACCACAGACCUCAAAGCCGAUUUUUGCUAUCAUCAAGGACUAUUAACUAUCAAAUGGACAAUAUUAUGGAAAAUUAUCUUUGUAUUUGUAUUCAAUGAUAAAAUAUUACAAUCAAUGUGAUUUCAAUCAGAAAUACUUGGUUGAGAUUUCUGAAAUGUAUCUUUUCAACUUAAGGAGUGAAGUCUAUCAACAAUAAGUAAGAUCAUUAUUCUAUUCAACAAUAAUCAGAUUGAACGAUAAUUCACGCAACCCAAAUUAUAAGACUUGAGUUUGCGUUGCCCGACUUUUCGAUCUCUCUGUACUUUUGAUUGUUCAAACUAGAUAUUUGAUAUAUGCAGUUGCUAUUUCUAGAAUCAUUUAAAUAUCCAGUCAUCAACUUUUUAUGACAGUGUUAUCACAAUUUGGAAUCAAUUGAAUAUUAUGACCUUAUCAACCAUAAUCGCUUUCCAAAGAAAUUUAUAAAAUAAUAUAUUUAAAGCUCGGUUUAUUUUCAGACUUGAAGAUCAAAAGUGUUCCUACUGAACUUGUAUUAUUUUUAAUUUUUAUACAUUAAGUCUUUACCGGUUUAAUCAUUCCCUCUCAUUUUAUUACAUUUACUUUGAUGAAGUUUUAUUUCAUCGCACUAUUUUAUCAAUUUAUUUUCAAGAAUUUGCAGUGUACUUAGUCUUGAUAAGUUUUAGAUGAUUCAUUAUUUUGUAGAAGAUACAUAUUAUUUAGAAAUGACUUUUAAUUGUACGAUAGUACACCCCUGAU